AUGUCUACCGUCGACCGGGCAGAUACCAAUAACGCCUCCAUGUCCGAUAUCGAUGUUUUUGGAGAAGAUAUAUUGCGCGCCAUUCACCAUCGAAUGGAUGGGAGAACCGCCUCAGAUGCUCAAAAGCUUCUCAAUGACCUUAUAGAAAUGCUCAGUGCUGAGCAUAAUGAGCUAAAUGAUAUUCCAAAGCGCCAAACCUUGGUCAUGAACGAUGAUGCCCCUCAAUCAUCUGUCCCACCUACAAGACCGUCGACCUUGAAUGCUCCGUCGAUAACUUCUACUUUCAUUCCUUCAUCUGCUACCCCUAUUCCAAGCGCAGAACAAAGCGCUGUCAAAAUCGUUGCGGACGCACUGGGACCUACAUCUUCCAUGGAAAACCCGCUCAUUGUGACCCAGACAAUCUAUGUAACAGCCACCCCAUCCAGCAUCACCUCCUCAACUACAACAGCUUCUCCAGCUACCGCCGAUGAUGAAAGUAAAAGCAUGGCUGAGCUCCUGAAAAAAUACAACAAUGGAGCACACAACUAUAGCCUUACGAUCAUCAUCUUGUUGUGCAUUUUCGGCGCGAUUCUUGUUAUUGGUCUACUGAUAGCAGUUCUAUGGUGGAGAAAGGAUAGACAACGAAGAAAGCAAAGGGCUAUUGAGCGAGAAAGGGAAAUGGAAGAGCAAAGCAGAAAACCCCCAGGCGGUUACGCUUACGAACAAUUCAUGGCGAAUAAACACGGUCUGAACGCAAGACAGCCACAAGAUUAUUUUACUGAAGCCGGUUAUCACACAGAUGCAACUUCUCCACCAAACCAUUCAACACAACCUUUGGGGGCUCCUUCUCAGUAUGAAAAUGCUAUAAAGUUUAAAGGAAAAGCGGCCAACUUGCCUGCUAUUAACACUGGUUCAGCACAAGUAGAAGAUCCUCCAAUCUCACCUACAUUUGUACCCCUACCCGGUACUCCCAUGAAACUUGUUUCUAGACAACAAGUAUUCCAGGAUCCACAGCGGCGAAGAGGGGUUGACGCAUUAGACUUGGAUGCUCAACAAGAAUCCAAUCAAAAGCACUGGAAAUCCGUCCACUCUGAUGGUGGCCCCUCUUCUGUCACAAACUCAAGACCUGCGGGUCAAGCUUCUAGUGACAAUGAAGCUCAGAAAUUAAUAUACGAAUCCAGCGAUGACUCGGAUAACACGAUCUCUCCAUCGCAAAGUGUUAAUAGCUUAAACGCCAAUAUUAAUACACAGAAAAUUUCGUCCAAAGCUGGUUCUGAUCACAGGACCCAACGUGGAGAUGGGCAUCAAGAAAUAUCGGAUGUCGCUGCGGCUAGACGCGUCCUGAUGUCGGUAGAUAUGUAG